CCCUAAUUUCCCAAUUCACAAUUGAAAAAUUCCUUUUCUGCAAAAUUGAUAGAUCUCAGAAGAAAUCUCACCUGCGAAAAUGGCGUCCGGCGUUCUAAUUUUCCGUCCGGCGGUCGUGCGAGCAGGAGUCAGCGCCGCGGAUGACCGGAAAUCGGAUCGGACGAGGAGGAAUUCGUCUUCGAAGUGGUGGUCGCCUAUCUUCGGAUUCUCCUCCGAUCCGGACUAUCUGAACGACGGCGAGAAGAAGAGCGGCGGCGCCGCCGCAGCGGACGGCGACAUGAGGCCGGAGAGGAGUCGGUUCGCGCCGGCGGCGUUCACGGAGGAGAAGGCGAGGCAGCUCCGGCGGAUGAGCCGCGAUACGUCGUCGUUUCACGAGCCUAUGUAUCAUUCGGCGAUUGCAUCGCGGCUUGCGUCGGACUUCUCAGAUCGGACGGCUGAGGUUUAGCGUGAGGAGUGGUGGUGACGUGGCAGGCAUCGGGGACGUCAGGGAUAAGAUUGUAAUUUAGGUGUUUAUAUAUAUGGGGUGUAAAUAAUUGUGAUUUUUAAGUUAGGGUAUUGAUGAAAUGUAUAUUUAUUUGAGUGGGAUAAUAAUUGUGAUGGAAUUAAUUGAAAAGUGAAAAAUAUUUUUUUUAUAUAUAUAUAAUA